AUGGAUAUUACUAGGGAAAGGGAGAAGUCCAUAAGCCUUGAGGAAGAGUUGAUUACUGUGAAGGAAAGAUCAAUAGAUGCAUUGAGAGCAUCUGAGAAGGAACUCCUUCAUAUACGUACUGAUGUUGAUAACUUGAAUCGACAAUUACAACAAGAAAGGAGUAAAAACAAGGAAUUGGAAAGGAAGUAG